AUGAAAAAAGAAUUUGAAGAAUAUAAUAAAAAAUAUUUUCGGAAUAUUCAAUUUAUUUAUGAUUUUUUAGAUAAAAUUGGAAUGGAGAAAAGUUUAGAGGAAUUAAAAAAUGAAAGUAAAAUAAAUUAUAUAAAAGAUUAUGAUUCAUAUUUUUUAGAUAAUACAAAUUAUGAUUCUGAUAACAACAUUAACAAUAAUGAGAAUGAUGAUUUAAGUGACGAUUUUGAUAUAAAUUAUACAUUUCUUAAUCAAUGUAUUAAAAAUAUGAAUAAUUCUAUAUUAUGUAAGGCUAUAGAUAAUUUUGAAAAUAUAUUAAAAAUAGAAAUAGAAAAAAAAAAUCAAGAAGAUGAAAUAGAUAAAAAAGAUUUCGGUAAUGAAAAUUUUUAUAUAAACAAUAACAAUUUUGUUCGAAAAAAAGAACACAUAUAUCCAUAUGAAGAUACAGAAGAGAAAAGAGAUAAACAAAGUUGUAAUAAAGAAGAUUUAGAAAGUGAGUAUAUGAAUAUUAAAAAUUACAACAGAAAAGAAGAUAAGUCAGAAAUUAUGAUAGACAAUGAAGUUGAAGAAAUAUAUUAUGUAAAAAAAAAUGAGAAUUUAAAAGCUACAUUUCCUAAAUUUAUGAAUAAUCAAUUUAAUGAAACAAAAGAAAAUUUCAUAAAUGAUAAACAUCUAGGUAAAGAUGAAAGUAGCUUUUAUAUACAUUCAUUUAAAAAUGAGAAUGAAAUGAAUGUUGACAAUUAUAAUGGAAAAUUGAAAAAUGAUGACUUAAAAUAUUCACAAAAUGAAUACAAUGAUAAUAUAAAAGAAAAAUGUAUAAGUGAUAAUAUGAAUUAUUGGGAUAAUUAUUUUUCAUGUGAAAGAGAAAUAUGUAAAGAAUUAAAAGUUAAAUAUAAUAACAAUUCAAUAAAUAAAGAAAAAAACGAUAAAAGUUAUUCUGAAACAUCAAAUAUUUUAACUGUUAAAUAUAUAGAUAUAUAUAAUACAUACACUGAGAAAGACAGGAAAAACGAGAAUAUUAUUUUUUUUAAAAAGUUUCUUCCAAUAUUACUCUUAGUAGGUUAUUCAGAUAAUCGUGUAAAAUUAUUUAUGGUGCUUUAUGAAAAAAAAAAUGAUAAUGAAAAUAAUAUAGAAGAAUGUAUCCAUAUGAAUAAAGAGUUAGAUAAUAUUUUAUUAAGCUCACCGGUAAUGUAUAUAGAUAUCAAUUACAAAGACAAUUUAGUUAUUGUAUCAUCAAUGAAUGGGGAAAUUUAUCUUUGUAAGAUAAAUAUGAAUUGUAUUAUUAAUUUAGCGAACAUUGUUGAGUUAAAUAAUUCUGUUGAUGAUAUAGUAAAAAAUAUAAAAAGAGAUGUAAAAUACAUAAGUAUUAUAAAAAACUUUAAAUAUCAUAAUAAAUAUUCUAUAAAAUGUAAAUUUAAUGAGGAUUAUUCCUUAUUUUGUUCCAUAUCAAAUGAUAAAAAUUUAAUAAUUUAUGAAAAAAUAAUAGAUGAUAAUAUGUCAUCAGUUUUUUACGAAAAAAAAAAAAUUAUAGGAUUACCCGAAAUACCAACAAGCUUUUUAUGGAUAAAAGAAAAUAACGGUAAGGAAUCAAUAAUUGUUAGUAUGCUUAAUAGUAAUAAUAUAAUAUUUCUAAAUAGUAAAAAUUAUAAUAUAGAAAAUAAAGUUUAUUUAUUUGAUAUAGGAGAAAAAUAUAACAUUUUAAAUUUAGCAUAUAACAAAAAAAAAAAUAUUUUAGUUGUAUGCACAGAUACUUCUAAAAUACUAGUAUAUUCAUUCAUGAAAAAAUCAAUAAUAAAAAAAAUUUAUGGUUGUGUAUUAAAUUCGCUUUCCUUUCCAACUAUUGAAUUGGAUAUAAAUGGUAAUAAUAUUUAUGUAACAUCUGAUGAUAAAAUCAACGGAACAUAUAUUUUAAUUUUUGAUAUAAAAAGCGGAAAUAUUAUAAAUAAUAUAAAUAACGGAUACAAAAUUAGGUGUUUUCAAUUAUUAAAAAAAUUUAUAUGCCCAUUUUAUAAUAAAAUAAAUUCAAAUGAUAUUGAAGAAAAUAAAAAAUCAUUACUUGUAUUAGGUUCAUUUGACAAAAAAAUACAUUUUUAUUCCAACUAA